CUUGGGAGUGCGCGAACCCGGCUCGCUCGGAGCCCGGGAAAGGAGGAGUCCCCGGCUGCACCUGCGGGGGGAGGGCGCGGAGCCGCGGCGGCAGCAGCAGCAGCAGCAGCAGAAGCUCCCUCCCUCCCCCGCCUGCCUCGCCAGCGCCAAGUCAGCCGAAGGCAACCUCUCCCACCCCGCGCCGCCCACCCACUUUGGAGGAUCGCGACGCCCGGGGCUCCUUUCCGCAUCUUCGGAGCUUGGAAAGCGGGCAAUUCUGGCGUUCAUGUCACCCCGUGGCCUGGGAAGACCAGCUCAAAGGGUCUUGUGCUGGAAGGGAAUCUAAGAUGAAUUUAUGGGAUGUGGUGACUGUCUGCGUGGUGCUACUCAACUCGAUCUCGACCUUUCCGCUUCCCGCUGGUAAGAGACCUCCUGAAAAGGCCCGCACAAUGCUAGGAAGAGCUGAAGAAGACCACACUACCAGCAGGCUGCUGAAUCCCUACGCUGGCCAAAUGGAUUCUAAUAUGCCUGUGGAUUAUCCCAGCCAACUUGAGGAUGUGAUGGAUUUUAUUCAAACCACUUUAAAAAGACUGAAGAGGUCACCAGAUAAACCACGUUUCUCCAAACGGGAAAGAAAUCGGCAAAAUGCAGGAAGGAACAAUAAUUCCAGCAACAAGAAAGGACGGAGAGGUCAAAGGCUCAAAUCUCGGGAUUGUGUCUUAAGUGAGAUUCACUUAAAUGUGACUGACUUGGGUUUGGGAUACACUACCAAAGAAGAAUUGAUUUUCCGUUAUUGUAGUGGUUCGUGCGAGUCUGCUGUAACCCUGUAUGACCAAAUUUUAAACAAUUUAACCCAAAAUAAAAAGUUGGUCAGUGACAAAAUCAGGCCACAGCCUUGUUGCAGACCCAUUGCUUAUGAUGAUGACCUUUCAUUUUUGGACGAUGACCUAUCGACUUAUCACAUACUGAGGAAACAUUCCGCUAAAAAAUGUGGGUGCGUUUGAUGUCCUUGUGUGUUUGGACACUGCUAUGAUAUUGCAUUCCUGCUAAAAUGGGCAAAGAAGGGGACCAAGGCUCCCAAGGAAAGAAAAGAUUGCCUUCAAAUGAAGGAAGAGGACCAAGUAUACAGGAGAACAACACCUGUGGGAGCCUGGUUGAUGGAAAUCCAGCACGGGAUAAUUGGUGAAGAUACAACAUGUUGGAGCUUUUUGUUUCUACAGGAAGGCAAAUAGACAUCAAUGCUCAGGGGCUGAGAUCCACAAUGAAUGGGAAUUACUUACACCAUUGGUUUUGAGAUGAUCCACCAUUGGCAAAACUUGGCCAAACAGGUGCUUAUCAACACAAGCUCCCUUCCUUCUUCUUUUUUUUUUUUUUUUUUUGUCCUCCAAAAUAGAAGUUGAUCUAAUUAUCACAGGCCUUAUUCCCAAUCUGAAGGCAUAAUCUGUCUUUCAUAUUAAUAAGAAUGUGUUUUAUGAUCAGCCGCAGGGGCUUCUGGGGGGGAGGCGGAGUCAACAAUGUCAGAUUGGCAAGCAUGAUCAGAUGACUGAGGUUCCAACCCUUUUUAAAUUUGUGUGAUGCAUGUUAAAAAGGAUCAAUGCUUUGAUUACCCAGCCAUAUUCAUGACUUUGCUCUUGUUGAUCUCUUUCCUCUUAGACACCCUUGAUCUAAACCUUCCCUAACCUUGUAUCCUCUAGUUAUGUGGACUGGGUUUCCAGAAUUCUUCAUAAUGGCUAUGCUGGCUGAAGCAUUCUGGAAACUCGGAUCCCAGGUUGAGGAAAGCCACUGUGAACAAUCCUGAGGAAUUUAUCAGGAUAUUUGAGAUGGAAGAGUGGAAUAUAUAGAAAUGUUAUAAUGAAUAAAACACACAUGAUGAUAGGAGGAAAUUAUCAUAGCAGAACUCUCUGUUCAUAUAAAUUGCUGGCUAAAUUUGUCCAGCUUGAGAACUGAUAGUUCCCAACAAUUCACUCAGCACUUUUUUGAUACUUGUUUAUGGAAGCCUACAAUUGUAGACCUUUAUCUUCCAUUGCUAAUAAUCUCAUUAAGAAAUCCGUCAAAAAAAUCUAAACUUGAAAUCCUGCCCUUCAUUUACAGACCACUUAGCCAAAUUGCACAUCAGAACAUCCCUCUUUUCUGUGAUGUAAAGAUAAUAACAAGCUUCUUUCCCUGUGCCUUAUGAAUAAUACAAAAUUAUUCUACCCAUAGCAAUUGGUCAGAAAGGAGACUCACAACAGAGUCCUCCAGUUACAAAGCUUCAAGUGGAGUUACAUAUAAAUUGAAAGCAAUGCCAUAUUUUUAUAUACAGGUAGUCCUCAAUUUAUAAUCAUUCACUCGCCGACCAUUUGAAGUUAUUAGCACUGAAAAAGAAGAUUUACAAAUGGUCCUCACACUUAUGACCAUUGAAGCAUUCUGAGGUCAUGCGAUCACCAUCUGUGAUCACCUUCCCAGCUGGCUUCCAACAAGCAAAGUCAUGGGUGAAGCCGGAUUCACUUAACAGCUGUGUGAUUCACUUAAUAACUGGAGUGAUUUGCUUAACAACCAUGACAGAAAAGGUCGUAAAAUCGAGUGUGGCUCACUUAACAAUCAUCUUGCUUAGCAACAGAAAUUCUGGUCUCAGUUGUAGGCUUAAAUCAAGGACUACCUGUAUUGAGAAGAAGUCAAGCUCAACUUUUAGUUAUAUUGCUAAAUUCUAAAGAAACAAUUAUUAAAAGGAUGGAGGAUUUCUAAAAGCUAACUAAUUUAGAAUGUAACUGAAAAAGAAUUAAUGUUAGAGGGAGAGAGAUGUUACCCUUUCUGUUUCCCAACAUAGCAGGCUGUGUUUUUAAUCACCUGUCUAGCAAAAUGCCAUUUUAAAAAUGUGGAUCUUUUAUUGGUUUACAGAAGGACUAAGGUCACUUACUUAAUGAACUACAUUUUUAUUUGCGGUCAUCGUGAGUGAAGAGAAAGACUACUUGGUGCAAUGCAUCCUGUUAAAGUCAAAUCUAGAGAAAAUAUUUAUUGAGAUUUAAGUUAUUAUUAUUAUUUAUUACAGUUCAGACAUGAGUUUCAGUUUCAUUAUUUAUUAACGCUUCUUUCUUCAAAAGAAGUGCCAAAGUUACAAUGAGGUAGUAAUGCUGGGAUCAAGGUAUAUGGUUUUUCUUUUUAAAAAAAGUAUUAAGAAUUAAUAUCAGGAAUGAAAUCUGUUGUUUUUUUAAAAAAAAAAAAUCACUUACUUUACCAUUUGAACAAAAAUCAUGGAAGCUCAGUUGGAUAGUACUUCAUCAUACUCGUUGCAAUAUAUUUUAUCAUUGAUCUUCUUUAACUAGUUGAAAAUCUGAAGGUUCCCUAACUUCUGACAAUGCUGUUUGUUAUCUGGGGGGGGGAAGGGGGCAAGUACUAUUAAAAAAAAAAGAAAAUAUCACAAACAAGAAUAUUCUAAUAGCUGAAUUUCCUGUCAGAGAUUAAUGAGUUUAACUUUGAGGUGUCUCUUCCUUGGCCUCAUUCAGUAUAGGAAAGUGAUUGCAGGCUAUCAAAGAUGAGCUAUUUGAAAUAAUUUAGUGAUAGCUUUCAAACAGCUGAGCUAUAUUCAUUUCAAAGACUAUUAUCUUCAGUAAGAGGCAGUUCGGUCAACUGAUGCAGACUGUUGUAUGCAGUAGAUGAACAUCUGCAUCCAUGCAUGCAUAUAUAUUUAAGAUGAUGUUCUUUUAAAUCAUCUGAAGUGCAUUUCAGUGCAAAUCUGCAUAUAAAUUGUUGGAUAUCCAAGCUUGUAUCAUUUGGCAUGACCCCUAAAAUAACAACUAUAAAAGUAUCUAUUUGAAAGUGAUUUAGAGGUGAGGCAAACCCAUUGCAGCAAAGACUUAGUCACUGGUCACUUAGACGAGAAAGUUAAGUAUUUAUUUAAUGCUGUCUCAGUGAAGUGAACAAUAUUUGAUAGUGCCCAGUUUGCCUGGCGACUCUUAAUUUUCUACAUUAUUUCUACUUCAGAUCAGUGGUGGGAUUCAGCCAGUUCGCACCACUUCGGCAGAACUGGUAGCUAAUUUUUUGUUGCCCAGGCCCAGAAUAGAGCCUGGCAUCCACACAGAGAACUGGUUGUUCACAUAUUUGAAUUCCACCACUGCUUCAGAUGGAACAUAAUUAGUGGUGGGAUUCAAAUAUGGGAACACAAUGGUGGGAUUUAAAUUCUUGGAAUGCUCAUAUGAAACCUUUCUCCUAAGAAGCAUUUUAAAAAGUCCCUGUAUAGUAUUGAUCAAGAGCAUCCUAUACCUGGAAAGAUAUUCAUACUACCUGAACAUUUCACACAUUAUGAAAAGUAGUUAUGCAGUAUUUCUGUAAUCUUUGCAGAUAUUAAUUAGUUCCUAGUAUUGCUCUUAAGCUGCUAAAACAUUGUUUAAAUACACUUAGGAAUUUGAUCAAUGUUUCUAAUGGAGCGCUCCUUGUUUUUAAAUAGGACCAUGGGAAACAAAAUUUAAAUUGUGCAAAUUUUAGAAUCCUUAUUACCAUAUGACAAUAGCUCAUAAUAAACCAGAUCAUUUUAUCCUGUCUUUUGAUUCUGACUGACAAUAGCUAAGAAGAGUUUAUCUCCCAGGAUUCUUAUUUAAUGUUCUUAAAGCAGAGGUCCUAGGAAAUGAACCUAAGAUCUUACAUAUUUGAAGCUGGUUUGCUAUUUCUGCUGCUAUUGCCUACCAUAUUACUACUGAGAUAUAAUCAUCCCAAAGUGUUUUUUUCAAAGGGCAACCGGACUUUGUUUUUCCUUAAGUUAAACCAACAAUCCCAAAAGAAAUUCCCCUAGUUCUACAGUGUUCAGAAGUUUCUUCCAAGAAAAAAGAGAGUCAGUGUCUUUUAACUCUCUGGUAGAAACUCAACAACUAUUUCUUUGAUGUAGUAGAUAAAAUAUUUAUUGGAUUUGUAACACCAUGACACACAGAAAAUAAUUAAUGUGGAAUUUGAAAAAACCAUCAGCAUUUCAUAAGAUAAAGACCAAAGAGAAAAGAAAGCCAUGUUAUCUCAUUAUGCCAAAAACUAUAGAGCAUAUGUGAAUUAUCUAAUAAUGAAAAAAAUUAAAAAUGCACUCAACACCAAUUUAUCUGUAAUCAAAGUUUCAUGCAAAUGUAGCCUUAGUUUUUCACCAGAAAGCAAGUAAGAAGAAUUGAUGUCCCUAUUCAUUUGCCUGCAGAGAUGUCCUCAAGGUGGCAGCCACAAAUAGUGGGUUCCAAGUCCCACCAGUUUUUUAUGCAUAUCAUGUGUGCACAUAAAAAUACAGGUGGACCUUUGAUUAGGUUAUCAUAGAUGCUAUUGAAACCUUUUUGACUAAACCUGCAAAUACUAUUUUUUCAUGUCUGAUUCUGCUACCAUAGCAAAUGUACUACAGACCACCAUAAUUUUCAUCCAGAUAUUUUAAGUGCAAUUUCUAUCUCCUUUUGAUUCUUAUUUUUUUACAGUUGGUCUCCAUAAACAGAAGUGACUGAAAUCUAGAGAACAUACUGUAUAUCAUAUCCCAGAUUAUAACUCUACUCAUAUUAUCAUUAAAAAUAAGACUUCUAAAGUCAAUGGAACAUACUCCCAAGCCCAUCAUAUUAGUAUUCCACUGAAAUGAAAUAGAUUUAAAUUCAAUUAAUUUCCUUGGAAUGGAUAUAUGGGAAUUGUUUUAAAAAUAAUUCAAAGCACUUUGAUUUUGGAAAUGUCUAUAAGUAAUUUUGCUGUGCUGUGCAUACACUUCAUUCAUACGGCAUUUGCAUCUGAGAAAUAUCUAUUGCAAGAAUGGGAUCUGAGUAGGAUUUAAGCCAACAGUUCAGUAUAUCUCUGUCAUCAAGAAUGUGUUCCAUCCAUUUGGGAAAAGGUUUCUAAAGCUUCCAGCAAAAUAUUUUGAUUUUGUCCUAGGGAUGUUGACCUUUCUGUGGAUUACUUCUCACAUGCCUUCCUAAUGCUUGUCUUGAAGCCACUUUUUAUGCUGUGGCUCCAGAAAUUUGUGCAGCUAUUGUUAUCCAUGUUCAUUUAGAGAUAUAUUUGGCUGUGUUCAGCAGCAUUCCCAGUUAAAAUGAAAAGGAUCAUAUCCCUAGUUUUAAUUAUUUAAAAGGGCUACACCUGCUUCAAAACUGAUUCAAACAAGGGCUUCGGACUUCUUACACAGGCUUGAUAGCUCUCUGCUAUUUGCUAAAAAAAAGCUUUUCCCCCUGCCCCCCAGCAGGCCUCUAGAACAGGGGUCUCCAACCCCUAGUCCAUAGACCGGUACCAGGCCGCGGCAUGCCAGCAGCCGGUCUGUACAAACAAGCAAAGCCCCAUCUGUGAGAUACAGGCAGCACACAAAACCAUGCCCCCACCAGUCUGUGGAAAAACCUUUCUCCACGGAACCGGUCCCUGGUGCCCAAAAGGUUGGGGACCUCUGCUCUAGAACAAUCUCACUGCUUUAAGGAGAACAACUAUAAGCUGCCUUGCUGUCUAGCAGAGAGUCCUGCAUUCACAUUUGUGCAAGGUUCAAAGGACUUCUCUGAUAUACUUUUUGAAGCAUCCACAGUCCUAUAAGUUAGCAUAGACGAAGGCAGUCUAGGACCAUCCAGAUAUUUUGACCUAUAAGAGGGCAGGUCUCUUGCCAUCAGCCAUGCUGGUGAGGACCAAGAAUCAAUGAAAUCAAAACUGUUGAGCUACAGUAACAUAACCAGCUGCUACCCUAUAUUUCCACAUAUAAAUAGAUAUUAACAGCAUAGAUGCCUGUCUACUCAGAAGUAAAACUGAUUGCAUUCAAUGGGACUUAACUCUAAAGAGCAACCUCAGAAACUUUCAGCCAGAAUUAUUGUCACAUUUACUUCCAGUUUUAAUUUCCUUUCCUGUGUACCUCUGAUGUUUCCUGUAAGUCUGGCUUUCAUAGAGAGGAUUUAAACAUUUGUUUAAUAUUCCCACUGAAACAAAAGGAAUUUUACUGGAUUUUAUUCAAAAGAAAAACAAUGAUGAAGGAAUAGUGAUAGAACGGUCACAUGACAGGAUACAAGACUGCACGAAGGUUUAUCGUUUAAUGAGUUUCCACAAUCUGAAUCUUAACAUGGAAGGAAUACGUAUUGCCAACAGGCUGCAUUACAAACCAUCAGUCUAUUAAAUCUUGAUUGCUUGUGGGCAAGUCAGGACCAAUAGCAGUUUCACAUCUUGUAUGAAGCCAUAAUGUACUAAAUGUUUUAUUUUUGGCUUUUGUGAAGCUAUCUAACUGCUGUGUCAAAACCAUGGUUCAAUGGUUUAGUAGUGCAAUGUAUGAACCUCAUACUGUUUCCUGUAAGAUAAAUCAGCAAGACAUAAAUUCAGCUAGUUUGUUUUCUGAACAAUUAGCUGUCAUGUUUAGGAUAUGUUGUAAUUAUAUGACUGGUUUAUCUUUAAUCAUAGUAUGGUACUACUAUUUUUCAAUUGGAAAAAUCUAUUGGAUUUGAUGAUCUAAGAACAUUGGUUCCUAUUCUCAAGUUUUUCUGUAUGCAUGAGUACCGUUAUCUUUUCAGACAAGGGAGCCUGCAUAAGGCAAAAUGAUACCCUCAAAAUAUACAUCCAAACCAACCAGGGUAGCAGGUUCCAUCUUUUGUUAUGAAGCAUUCAAGCACCUUUACAGGAAUCAGUUUCACAUUUGCUGUGAGUCUCUUUCAGCAGCCAUUUCCCUCAGCCCUUUAAUGGCAGCCUAAUGCUAACAAACCAAAAAGGUAAAGUUUGUGAUUUUUUCCCACUCUGGAAAUAAGAAUUGAAAAAAACAAAACAGAUAGUUAUUGGGGAUUUUUACUUCACCUCCAAUUUACGUCUCAGCCGUUUGUGUUAAGCAAAGUUCUCUACAGACUUUAUUUUUGUACAAUAUGCAUUUUAUAAACUUUUUAUGAAAUAAAGCUUCUUUCUAUUGUUA